AUGAUUGAGAAUGCAAUAAGAUGUGGAAAGAUAGAGACAAGGGAAAGUACCAGGAAGUCAGCCCCGAAAAAGAAAGAAAAUGAAGUCAGCAAUGUGAAUAUGGGUUAUGCGAAACCAAUCAUGGUAAAUCAACCGAAAGUGGUAGCCACGGGCCAGCAAGCUUCGUCAAAACAGGAGCCCAAUACAAAGCAGAACACGGAGAAGCCCCAGUUUACUCCCAUUCCAUUAAAGCUACUGCAACCCCCAUACCCCAAGUGGUAUGAUGCAAGUGCUCAAUGUGAAUAUCAUGCUGGAAUUGCGGGACACUCGAUAGAGAACUGCACCUCUUUUAAGAGGGUUGUCGAAAGGCUCAUCAAUAUGGGUAUUGUAAAAUUCGAUGAUGCACCUAGUGUAGGAAAUCCGUUGCCCAAUCAUACUGAUAAAGGGGUAAACACAAUAGUUGAGAAUAUGGGGAGGAGAAUUAAGUUGGAUGUGGCAGAAGUGAGAACCCCGAUGAGGGAGGUUUUGAAGAAGAUGGUGGAGAAAGGUCUAGUCAUGCAGGACUUUGGGAGCAAAUCCCUAGAAGCAAGAAACUAUUGUGAAUUCUAUGGAGAGGAGGACCAUGAGAUAGAAAAAUGUAAUGAAUUUAGGGCUUUGGUACAUACUCUAAUGGACAACAAAAAACUGGAGUUCUUUGAGUUUACUGAGAAAGAAGAUGUAUGCUCCUCGGAGGAGGGGUUGAUAAAGAAGGUUUCUGAGGUCAAUCACCCAGUGGUGAUCAUUUCGCGACCGAAAAUUAAUGAAGUCGGAGCAAAAAUUACACCUAGAGUUGUAAUCCAGAGACCCGCGGCUUUUCCGUAUGAGGAUAACAAAAAGGUACCUUGGAAUUACAACUGUAAUGUGACAUAUCCAGGGGAGGAGAGUCUGGUCAGCACGCCAAAUACAAAGGUCGAGCCUGGAAAAGGGAGGUCCAUGAUGAUUGAACAAGGGAAAGAGAUGACAAAACCACUGGUUAAUGAACCAGUAACUGAAGAAGAAGAUAAAGAAUUUUUGAAGUUCCUAAAACACAGUGAGUAUAGUGUUGUGGAACAGUUGCAUAAGCAGCCAGCACACACAUCGGUACUAGCUCUGCUCCAAAAGUCGGAGGUUCACCUAAAUGCAUUGAUGAAGGUGUUGAACGAGACCUAUGUUACUGAAGAUAUUUUAGUGAACAAGCUAGACCGCCUUAUCAGUAACAUAAGCGCCGAUAACUUCAUCUCCUUCAGUGACGAUGAAAUACCACCAAGGGGCAUGGGAUCCAUCAAGGCUUUGCACAUCACCACUCGUUGCAAAAGGUAUACACUGCCGGGGGUAUUAAUUGAUAAUGGGUCAGCACUGAAUGUUUUACCCUUGUCCACAUUAAAUAGGUUACCAAUUGACAGCUCUCACAUGAAGACAUGCCAGAACAUAGUGAGGGCAUUUGAUGGCACUGAGAGGAAAGUGAUGGGAAGAAUUGAGGUACCUCUGCAGAUUGGACCAAACACAUACGAGGUAGAUUUCCUUGUGAUGGAUAUUACGCCUUCUUAUAAUUUCUUGUUAGGGAGGCCUUGGAUUCACUCAGCAGGGGCAGUACCGUCAUCGUUGCACCAAAAGUUAAAGUUAGUGACGGAGGGCCGCUUGAUAACGAUAAAUGCUGAGGAGGACAUUAUUGCAUCUGUUACUAGUAGUACACCGUAUAUAGAAAAUGAUGAUGAAGCAAUUGAGUGUUCUUUUCGGUCAUUGGAGUUUGUAAAUGCAACUUUCAUCAUUAAAGGGGGCAGGGUCUCAAUGCCAAGAAUAUCUGAGGCUACGAGGAUGAGCUUGCAAUUAAUAGUGGGAAAUGGAGCAUUGCCUGGAAGAGGACUUGGAAAGUAUCUUCAUGGACGAGUUGAGAUACCAGUUUUGGCUGAUAAACAAGAUUGCUUUGGCUUAGGGUAUAGGCCAGAUGCAAUGUAG